ACAUUUGACUUUGUCUUUUAACCCUUUCCGUAAUUGUGGUUUAUGUGAAGAUUAAGUGAACAUGAUAUUUUAAAAUCCUACGAAGCCAAACUAUCACAAAACUUAUCGUUUUUGACUUUGGUGACUUAAUACCUAUCCUUGCACAUUUUAUUGAGGUUGAGCCUCUCAAACAUAACAUGAAAUCUGAUUCUUAAUGUCUGGUUGGUCAGUAAAAGAUGCUACCUUAUUUCGACUAUCAAUUUCGUGUUAUCAUAAUUGGUGAUAGUAUGGUUGGAAAAUCCUCCUUAAUGAAAAGUUUCGUAGAAGGGAAUUUCACUCCUGUUUCAGAUCCCACUAUUGGAGUUGAUUUUUUCUCACGAACUGUUCGAAUCCAAGAGGAGGUCUUCGUUAAGUUGCAAUUAUGGGAUACUGCAGGUCAAGAAAAGUUUAGAACAAUAACUUCGUCUUAUUAUCGCAAUUGUGUUGGUGUUGUAGUUGUGUUCGAUCUUACUGACAGAGAGACAUUUGACCAUGUUACUGAUUGGUAUGAAGAAGCUCGUGGUUCAAUUAAGUGCUCUGCUCCCGUGUUUAUAAUAGUUGGUCAUAAAGCUGAUCGUCGUGAUGAAAGACAAGUCACCAAAAUUGAAGCAGAGUCUCUUGCACAGCGACUUGGUGAUUAUAUCUACAUUGAGACAUCUUCACUUACUGGCCAAAAUAUUGAGAAAACUUUUGAACUACUAGCUGAAGGCAUUUACUCCAAUGUUAUUAAAGGAAGUUACAAUGAGGUUAGUAUGUUUCCAAUAAGUUUAAGAUAUUUUUCAUUUGUUUGUUUUUGGCCCCUGAAUGUUGAUAAAAACUUUCUCAUUCUGUUUUGUCUGAUCUACCCGGAAUAUACAAAUGCUAAAAAGAAUCUCAUGUCCCGAAGGAAUUUCACUGGAAAAAGUUAAUGUAGAAAAUUAUGCGCAGGUGGUGUUUGGGAUGGUGUUAAACAAGGACAUAAUGCAGCAUUGGCUGCUUCUUUAGCAAGUAGAUCAAUACAAUUUGAUCGAAAUGAACCGAAACCUUAUGGUGAUUGUUGUUAAAUUAUUAAAUAAAUGUCUAUUUGCAUUCUACACAGUUGACAUAUGCAUUCGUUUCUUAAAAUGUGUGAAUAAUCUCUUUUUGAUUCUAUAAUUAUUAAAGAAACUUGAUCAUUAUAUUCAUUAAUUAUCCUAUGCUUAAUCAACUAAUACAUUAAUUUGACUUAAUUCUAUCAAGAAAGCUAAUAUUCUUUAUUUUUACUGUUUAUUUUCUUUGGUAAUUUUACAUAAUAAUAUGUAUUAUUGGUAAUCAUUAUUCAUUAUGUUUCAUAAAUAUCUCUUAUAUUUCUCUUCACUGUGUCUCUUUCUUUCUUUCUUUUCUUUCUUUUUUUCGAUUUUAACAGAAUCAUGUAUACUUUUUGAUAUUUUUCACUUUUGUCUUUGUAUGUUUUAACAUAUUGGUGCUUAUUUUAUUAAUAUUCCAUUCAAACUCCCUAUAGUAAGUGUGUGGGUUAUGGUUGUGUUGAAUAUAGAGGAUCUAUUGAAUGAACUGUGUUUUAGUAUUGAAUCACUUAUUUAAUGAAUCCAUCCAUUUAAUUUAUAUACUUAUAUAAUUAAUCUUUUAUUUGUAUGAAUUUCAUUUUUAUCUGUCUUACAGGUUAUUUUUAUGUUUCAUUUUUUAUUUUGUAAAUUUUCUGAUUUAAUUAAUUGAGAUAAAUUUGGUUAGUUUCAUUAUUUAUGUUAUUGUUUUUUACUUUGUCAAUAUUUGUUGUUCAGUGCUUUUUAUUUUUUUCUAAAAUUAAUUUAAGAAAUCAAAUGUACGUUUCUCGUAACUUAUAAUCGAAGACAUUUAAGUAUACUAUACUACGUAUGCGAUACAUUAUGGCUGGAGAAUGCAACAUUUGUAGUGUAAUUUCUUCGUGUCCCUGUUCCGGUAUGGUGGGACAAGUAAGUAAGUAAGCAAUAAUGAGGUUGUACGUGAGAUACACUAGGUAAAAGUGGGAGAUCAACUGAUGCAGGUGAGGUGAUUAAGAUAUAUUACG